UUUCAGAGAGUGCGGAAAAUGUAUUGUUUGCAAUGGCUAAUUCCCGUACUGCUUAUACCCAAGCAUUGGCUUCAUCCAACAUUUAUCAUUGAUCAAGCUCUCUUCAUGUGGUUUUAUGUUAUCGGAUUUUUUAUGGAAAGAAGGCCAUGCUAUAUCUGCUCCAUAAUAUUCUUCACGGCCGUUGGACUGUUAUGUUGGAGUGAUAGUGAUUCUUGCAUAUUUUGGCCUUCCUGUGAUACUGUUUUCAACGGAGAAAUGUGUGCAUAUGUUCGUGAGAAAAGGCAGUGGCUUUCGUAAAGCAAAAAAUUGAAGCAAAGAGUCGCUUUUUUGUCUUGUUCGUUACUUUUUUGACGGGUACUUUUACUGCCGAUUGAAGCACGUGAAUGUUUUGUUUCAUGCAUUUCAAAAUCACGAAACUAAACACUACUUUGACAGUACCUAUCAUCAGAUAAAAUUCAUA